CGACGUAUCCAUCCUACUGCUAAUUAUUACUGAAGACCUUUGUCUAAAAAAGUUCUUUUAUUCUUGACAUUCUAGCAUCAAUUGCAUUAGCCAAAAACAUUACGUGUGUGUAUACUGAAAUUGAAGGAUGUAGAAUAUCAACCGACUUAGCGUUAACUGCAUUCGAAAACCAGCUUUUAAUGUUAACAGAAGAGGGCGAAGCAUGGACACCAAGCGUAUUUCAGCCAUCGAAUUAUCAAUCAACUUUAAAUAUUUCCGAUUCGGCGGAGUCAACACAGGAUCAACCAUCUUUGCAUAUCGUAAAAAUUCAGAAAGCAGAUGUGUCACAAUUGGAAAAUACGGUUAUGGAUAUACCUGGUGCGGUUGAAUUUGUUAACACCGACGAUGAGCUUUUAGAGGCCGUACAGCACGAACCCGAUAACAAUAUUGAAACUGCUUGGGAAACUUGUGAUAAUAUUCCACAUGCGUCAUCUAAUCCAACAGAGCGAAAUGCUGAACCUUCUUGCAUGACCGAACAUCGAACGGCGAUUGAAACCAUAUCGAUGGCAGUGAGCGAAGAAUUGGUUCAUCUCUUAAAGCAGAGUCAGAAUUCAGAUGCGAUUGACCGGAUUUGUAACACAACUGACGAUUUUGAAAAUCAAUCACCGAAUACCAGUCAGAAACGUGUCCCCUCGGAGGACGUGUACCUUCAAAAAAGUACCAAGAAAAACGCCUCUACAGAGAUGAAAUUUCGCUGUUUCAAUAUAAAUUGGAACAAAAUUGGUGAUCAUCUUAUGGAUCGUUUGAAGGUUUUGCAAGAAUUCAAAAACAACUCUCCAGACGUCUUUCCUCCCGCAUCAAUUCGCAUUACCAGGACCGAAGUAUCUACAUUAACAAAUGCUGUGAUCGAUCAGCUCCGUAUGAUCGACUCGCAGAUCAGAGCUGAAACUAUGGAGACUGUAUCACGCCAAAUUAUAGAGAAAUUCCCGGCUAUGGAUUACACGGAUGAUGAUGGCUUCGGAGCCGGCCAAGGCUACGUUGAAUUGAAAUACAAAAUGAUUAAUCGCAAUAAUUAUUUGAAUCGAUUUCAAAAUGGGCAGGCAUCGACCUCGAAUGCCGUCACAAGUCUUAAAAAAAAGCGAAAUGCUCGAGCAGGAACACUCAAGGAAUAUUGGGUGAAUUCGUCCAACCAAUGUGAUAAGUGUAUACAGUCGAAAUUGGCUCGUGAUGAGCCAAACUUGUUGUCGAAUGAAGUUCUGCUGCAGUCACAAGCUUACGUGAGAUUCAAAUUAGACGAGAAAAUUGAUACCGCAAAAAUGGUAUCGCAAUUUACCGUCCUGCGACGCAGAUUGUUAUUGAAUUUUCAUUUUGAGAAGGCAACUGGUGUGAACGUCAGCAAUUUUCGACGGUAUUUUGUUUCAAAAAAGCAAAAAAUUAUUCAAUAUUCACUGACCUGUAAACCCAACCUACAUUUGAAAGAGUCAUCGUCUGAUUACGAGAUCUUGCAGUUUUUAUGUUCGCUAGUAGGAGAAAAUUUCAGCGAAAUAAUCAUUCAAAAAGAAAUAGGAACACGUAUUGAUGAUAUCAUCAUUGGUAGUGCAGGGCCGGUGCUGGUAGCUGUUGACAUUGGAAAUUCUAAAACCGUGUUCUACGUGUACGCUAAUGAAGCACGACUGUCCGAGGGAACAUGUGAUGUGAUCACUGCAAUGGAGGAUCUUUUUACCAUCCACUUUGUGCAUAACUUCAUGUACGUCAAACCGAUUUCCAAAUUUUUGGAACUACUUCAAGAAUAUUUCUUGAAAAUAAUCACAUUUGUGGCGUCGAAAUCGACCGCGAGUCGCGUUGGCCAAAGGCAACGCGUAGUCCGCAAAGUAAUUUCUGCUCUAUCUAAUUCGGUCGCCUGAACAUAAACAGACUUUUUAUUCCUUUUAAUAGUUAUUGAUAAGUAUAACUUCAUGAGAAAAUAAAAUAUCAGUUUCAUUUCAUAUAUAUAUAUAGAAAGGUUGCUCAAUCAA